CACACUUGAAUAAGGCGAAGGGUGUGUGUCCGUAACGUGCUGCACCCAGACGUACGUCCUGCCAGUCAGCUCAAUUGGCGGACACGGGCUGAGGCAGUUGAAUGUGAGUUAGACGUGAGUGUGGGUUUCGCUAGCCGCUGAGGAUCGGUCAGCCGUGACUGCUUUGCAUCCGACCACCUCAACGUGCUUGUACAAUUUGUGAUUUCCCUGCCGAUAUCUUAUAAAUCCUCAGUCCGGGGCUGUUCCGACCAUUUCUGCAUACCAUCAUGGCUAGAAUUCAUCGAGAUGUAUCCGUUCUUGGGUCGAUGGCGCUAGUUGCUUUGUGCUUGUAUUGUGGCGUCGCUGGCGCAGUUCUCAAUUACACGCCUGGCUUACGAUACGAUUUCUACAAGAACAGCUGCCCACGAGCGGACGACAUAGUCUUCGAACAGAUGACGGAGAUUUUCAAAACAAAGCCCACCGCUCAGGAUGGUGAUUUCGGCAAGAAUGUGGCUCCUGACCUCCUCCGGCUUCAUUUCCAUGACUGUUUCGUCCGUGGUUGCGAAGGUUCAGUUCUUAUGGACAAGCCCGGAUCGGAGAAGACCGCACCUCCCAAUGGUCGCCUGGAAGGAUUCGACGCCGUGGAUAAAAUCAAGGCUGCGCUUGAGGGGGAAUGCCCGGGGACUGUCUCCUGCGCCGACCUGCUGGCAUUUGCGGCCCGGGACGGUGUGAGACUGACCGGAGGAUUUUUCUACAGGGUGCCCGCCGGACGCAGAGACGGAUACGAUUCCAUAGCAGCCGAGGCGACGAAGAACCUGCCCGACCCACGGAUGAACGUCGACCAGCUGACCCUUAACUUCAAGAAUCAGGGACUGACAAGAGAUGAGAUGGUCAUCCUUUCAGGUGCUCACACUAUUGGCGACGUCGCAUGCCACCACAUCGACAACAGGCUGUACACUUACCCCGGAAACAAUGGGGUCGUCCCAAGCCUUCCGAGGGCGUUCGUCAAAAAGCUGAAGGGUAUCUGCCCGCGGCCGAAUCUGUUCGAUAUCACCGUAGACAUGGAUCAGGUCACUCCGAUCAGAUUCGACUCGCAAUACUACAAGAACCUAGCGAGCAAGACGUCCGUGCUGUCGUCGGAUCAGGUUCUGUACGAUGAUGUAAGAACUCGGCCCCUAGUGAGGGUUCUGGAGAGCAAGUUAGCAUUCUUGAGCAAGUUCGGACCAGCGAUGGUGCGGAUGGGCAACAUCAAUGUGCUAACCGGAAACCAAGGCGAGGUUCGUCUGAACUGCCGACGAAAGAACUCUCCGGGGUCAGCGUGAUUGCAGAACUUCACCAGGAGACUGUGCGUGAAGCGGAUCGCUUCAACUGACCAGACAAUUGCGUUGCAGAAUUCGCCGCAGCAACAACUUGGCGAUGGGGGUGCAACUACAGUGCUGCGUUUGUAAACGCCGCAACUGGGAGUGUCGGUGAAAGGGGUCCCGGUGUCGGACUUCAACCAACAUGUUUGGAAUGAUCUUCUUGAAUAUGUCAACUGUUGUUGACGCCUUUUCAAACUGUAGAUUGCUGUUUAGAAGCGUUGUUAGCUAAGACUUUCAUACAAUUUUUUCUUACCCUGUCAAGGUUGAUUGACAUGGGUCUUUACAGAAUAAUGUUGAUGAAUAAAGAAUUCUUUGAUAAUGGAAUUAGUUCAUAAUUUUUAA